AUGGCUUGUGACGGACCUCUAGCGGACUCGCUCAAGAAUUUGAUUUGCAGCAUUGAGGGAUGCCCCCCAGCACCUCCAGUAUGUCCUCCCUUUUGUCCAUCUCCCUUAUCACCACCGCAUGUCAUGUGCUGUCAUGUUCGUCCACCACCGAUAUGUGCUCCAACCCAACCAGAACCUGUAAAACCCUUAAGAUUGCCUUGUCAGGAUCCUCCUGAGCGCCGCAUGUCAGACCACGAAGCCGACCUAGUCAGAUUCUCGAACUUCUACAAUGCUUACAACGUCGAUUGGAGAGCCGACUCCCCUUGUAACUUCGACCCCAAUUUCGACGACCCCAGAUGCCCAAUGAAGUGCAGCAUUGGCGUCUGUUUAGACGGCAAACUACCCUGUAUCCCGAGGUGUCCUAAACCGCCUUGUUGCGAUAACGGUUGUCCUACGGGAUUCAAACCUUGCAGAAUGCGAUUGAUACCCCCCUCGGAUCGUCAUCCCUGCGGGUUAUGGUGCGCUGAUGUCUUGGAUUGUCCCCCUCCGCCUCCUAAAAAGGUUUACGGUACAUUCGUUGCGUCUAAACCUUGUUGCAGAUUUUGCUGCAUUCAUACGGAUCCUACCAAGUGUAAAGCUAGUUGUUUUAGCCGAUAG